UUACCUCUUGCUAUGUAACCUCACAUCCAAAUCAUAAUUAAACGUGAAUUUAACCAAGAUUCUUAAGCAAAACGCAAGAAAUAACUAAGAUCAUUGUUAUACAAUUAGUUAAUAAUAAUGGCAAAUAGCAGAUUAGAAAAGAUCGGAACAAUUUACACUAGGACUCGAGGUUUAAUUCAGUCAGGAGCCUUACAAUACACUGAAAGGCCACUGUGGUUUGAUGUCUAUGAAGCUUUUCCACCCAAAGAAGAACCGCGUUAUGAUCGACCAGUGCCCAACAUGCAGAUUAAAGAAAUUUUCUAUGAAGCAGACAAAAUCAGAGCUCAGCUGCACAAAAAUCUAGGCAGAGUAGGAACAGUACAUCUACUGAAUCAACACACACCAAGUUUCACACAGAAAUUCAUUAAAACCUAUAAAAAACUAGAGGGUCAAUAUGGAGCAGGACAAUGUGAGUCUGAUCAGCUGUAUACAGAAGCAUUGGAUAUCCUGAAGAAGGAAAGGGAAGCACAAAUGGCUGAAAGCAAAGAUGAUCUUGAUGGUGCAUUGACCAGUGCAUUCAAGAGUGCCACUCAGGAGCAGAAUAAGAGUGCCAGUGGCACCCUGACAUCAGUAAAUGUCAAAGAUUUAUUUAAAGAUUAAUUUGUUUUAUUCUUAGAUAGAAACUAGUAAAUAAUUAGGCACUAUAAACAUGAAAACGCGUGGAUUUUGUUUGUGAAAUUUAUUAUGAAAAAUGAUUGCAACUUAA